AUGUUGUCCGCCGCCGCACCGUCCUUCCCUUUCGGCUCGAGGGCACUGCUGCCGCCGCCGCCGCGACGCGGCGCGGCCCUCCGCCGGGCGCGCGUCUCGGCGCUCGGCGGGGGCGGCGAGGGGGAGGCGGGGAGGAUACUGGACCCGCGCGCCACGCCCUUCCAGAUCCUUGGCCUGGACGCUACCGCCUGCUACUCUGCCGCCCAGCUCAAGGCCGCCUUCCGCACCCGGGUGAAGGAAUUCCAUCCUGAUGUUUGCAAGAACCCAGAAAACGCAGAUCUAAUAAUCAGACGAGUGAUCGAGGCCUAUCAGAUGUUAUCUGGCAACCAAGAAAUGAUGGUUGAAAGUUUUAUUGUGAGGAACAAUGUUGACCCAUUUGAUGAACCUGAGUGUGAAGCCCGUGACAUAUUUGUAAAUGAACUUCUAUGCAUUGGCACUGGAUGCCCAUAUUCUUGUGUUAAAAGGGCACCUCAUGUAUUUUCAUUUUCAGAUGAUAUUGGUACCGCUCGUGCAUUAUCUCAAGGUAAUGGUGAAGAUGACCUUGUUCAGCUCGCUGUUGGGCAGUGUCCAAGAAAUGUGUUGAUGGCACCUUACGAUCUUGCUGAAGCAGCAGUUCUGGAUUCCCUCCUUACCAAAGCAAAGUUUGAGAAUAACAGGUACAUGAAGCCCAAACGAGGAGCAAAAUCAUCGUCUGAUUAUGUUGAUUGGAUGUGA